AUGGCUUCUGACGAUGAUGGUGCUGGUGCCACCUUGUCUGAGAUUGAGGACGCUGAGCUUUGCAUGGACUCUUCCCCUCAUGACCACAACAGGGGAGAGCCACCGAUGCCCGGCCCACCACGAGGCCUGCCGAGACCGGUUCCACUACACCCGGAGCCAGCAGCCGAAACAGGCCAGCGUGGCACGGCCGCCUCGGCAGAUACUCCUGCCGCCGCACCUGACAGUGACGAUGACGACUCGAACCCGGCCAAUCGCUGGCCGGUCUUGGAGGUGCAAGAACGCGGACAUCGCUUUCUGGCACGUGUGCAGGGGCCGCCCUUACCGGACGGAAGGUUCGCGGCGACAUCAUCAAGCAGCUCCAAACACGCAAUGUGCGCUUUGAACACGUGGCACGCCAGCCCGGCGGGCACCUACUAUUCCUCUGCUGGUUGCACACAGAUUGACUACAUCUUUACACGUCAAUCCUCGGCAUCCCUCCUGGCCAAGUACGCCUACCCAGACCACGGCUUUCCUGUAGGAGGGGACAGACUCAGCGGUCACUACCCCCUGCGAGCCUCUCUGCCACUGCGAUCCUUUUGCCGCAGCCCGCCACAGGACUCCCAGCCCGCGGCUGCUCCAAUCGACCUCCCGGCACUCCAGGCAGCCGUUCACUCUGCCACGCCUGAGGCCUGUGACAUGCAAAAUCGUGUGGCCCAACGCUUGCCGCAGGUUGAUGUCACCAACCUUGUCAGUGCCCAUAAGCAAGUCAACCGCAUUCUGCUCGAGGAAGCUGCCGCCGCCUUCCCAAGGCAGUUCUACGAAGCCCAGGUCAUGCAGGCUGAACAGGCUGCCCAACGUGGUGACCAGCGGCGAGGACGGCCACCUUCUUUCGAGCCAGGUGAAGUGCUCAGCCAGGCACUCUGUGCGCAUCUCCAACCGGGUAGCGCUGCUCAGCUUGACGAGGUGGUGGCCCGCCUCCUCGUGGAGACCCAAUGCACCCGCUUCCAGAAACAGGCUGGCGGUCACACCCGUGCUUGCAUAG